AUGGCGGCCACGGAGGAACUAACUGGAAUCCUAUCAAGGAGACAAGAAAUCAACGACAAAUUAGAGGAAGGGCUCGAGGUCAAACCCAAAUAUAAAUUCGUAAAUGUGUACACGGAAUUUCACGAGUUCUCCAGGAAGGAAAUAAAACAAUACGAGGAAACAUUUAACAAGUUUGACGAAGGACGAGAUGGAUUUCUUGACCUCACAGAGGUAAAACGAAUGAUGGAGAGGUUGGGCGCUCCACAGACGCACCUAGGACUGAAGGCGAUGAUCUCUGAAGUGGACGAGGAUGGCGAUAACAAAAUUAGCUUUAGGGAAUUUUUACUUAUUUACAGAAAAGCACGCGCUGGUGAGCUAGAAACAGAUUCUGGCUUGGACGCGUUUGCGAGGUUAACCGAAAUUAAUGUCGACCAAGUUGGUGUGAACGGCGCUAAGAACUUUUUCGAGGCCAAGAUCGAGGAGCUCGCUAAAUCAAAUAAAUUCCAUGAUGAGAUCAUACAAGAACAAGAAGAAAAGCGCCGUGAAGCAGAGGAAAAAGCGCAGCGGCGGCUAAGGACGAAGCUAGGACUGAAGGCGAUGAUCUCUGAAGUGGACGAGGAUGGCGAUAACAAAAUUAGCUUUAGGGAAUUUUUACUUAUUUACAGAAAAGCACGCGCUGGUGAGCUAGAAACAGAUUCUGGCUUGGACGCGUUUGCGAGGUUAACCGAAAUUAAUGUCGACCAAGUUGGUGUGAACGGCGCUAAGAACUUUUUCGAGGCCAAGAUCGAGGAGCUCGCUAAAUCAAAUAAAUUCCAUGAUGAGAUCAUACAAGAACAAGAAGAAAAGCGCCGUGAAGCAGAGGAAAAAGCGCAGCGGCGGCUAAGGUUUAAGGAAAAAGCAGCUCUAUUCCAACACUAA